AUGGCUAUCAUUUCGAAGUUUGAAUGUAAUAUAUGUGGAAAUUUGUAUAAAACAAAUAGAGGACUCAAAAGACACCUCAACAUUGUUACAAAAUACAAUGCUUCAUGUUCUGACCUCGAUACUUUGCCUGAAGACACUAUACAACAAUUUAAAGGCAUUUUAGUUUACUAUAUUUACAAACAAUUACCAAAAGGAUCUAAACGACUAGGAAAACAAACAGUAUCGAUUCCUGCUACAGAAAGUCAAUUCUACGCAAUAUUUAAAAAUUAUAUACAUUAUUAUUUUAUAUCAAAAAGCAAAUAUAAAUGUAUAUUUCAUGGAAGUUCAUCUAAUCAAUUGUUAGCAAGUAUUUUAGAUACGCAAAAUUGGGGAAUUAAAUUUUAUGAGCAACGACAAUGCACUUAUAUUGUGCUUUGUGACAAUAUUGAUGAAGAAAAUCCUAUAGUACAAGCUUUUGCACAGCAAUUAGCUCAUAAUAAGAAGUUCUAUAAGCCGAAAUACAAACGGGGUCAAUUCAUAGUAGAAUGGAAAAAACAAAAAAAUAUUGAUAUUAAUGGUAAUAUUACUCAAGCAGGUCAUAUUUAUUUUCAUUUUUACAUUAGUCAAGCUAUAAUUUAA